AUGAAUGAGCGUGGUAUUCCAGACGGCCUUUCAAACAUUUCGACUUAUCUGGAGUUUGUGAACCGUGAAAAAGAUGUCAGUCAACUAAUGAUGAACAUGGAAAGGACUCCUGGAAAAGGAAAAACUACAUUAGCUCGACGAGAAUAUGAAAAAUUAAACAUUUAUUCUGAGGUUAUUGGACAAAGGUUUUUUGACAAUGAUAAUGAAUCGCUUUUUGGAAAAGUUCUGUUGUAUGAAUCUUUGAAAUAUCGUUUGAAGCUUCGGGAGGUUCUUAAGUCUCUUUCAAGAGUCAUCACGAAUAGAUCAGAUAGGUACUUUCUUUUUGUCGUCUUAACAGGAACCCAUGCAAGUGAUCUGUUUGAAACAGUCAAGUCAAGUAAUGCGAAAACAGAAGAUAUAUCUUUACCACUACUAAAGUGGUUGAUGAAGCUAAGAGAUGAGAUCAACAAACUCUCUGAACAGACGAAAUAUAAAAUUAAGCUUCUUGGUGUUGUUGGUCGUUUUCUCGAAUCUAUGAUAUUUCAAAUGAGUGUUAUUGGAUCAAGUGUUGCUAAUAACAAAGACACACCUAUUGUUUUCAAAUUUUACCAAAGUGGAUUACGUUACUACUUAGAAAAAUGUCAAUAUGAAUCAAAAUAUUGCGACGAACUUCUCAUAAAAACAAAAAAACUUAUUAAAAAGAAUUUGUUCGAAAAGAAGCGUAAAAUUGAGGACUUAGAGAGAAGGGAAAUUCUUGAUUCCUUGGACAAUGCUAUUUCACCGAAUCAAAAUGAGACACCCACUGUUUCAUUAAUUACGUUUCGGUUAUGGGUGAUCUACCAGAAAUCCAUUUCAGAUAAUAUUAAUAAUAUCACUAACUCAUGUAGCUGCCGACUUUCCCGUUCAACAGAUAAACAGAUAAAUGAAAAAAACUGGGAUGAUUUUACUAAUGAGCCAUUUAUUCUCAUCCAAGAUAAGCAAUUAAUAGUUAGUCGUAGCAAAGUGAUCGAGGGUUAUUCAGCAACUAUGCUGGAGAAAGGCUUUGUGGAGAAAGAACAUAAUAAAUGUAAAAAUGUUGGAGAGCAUAUCUUUCUUUUUGUUACCGAUUCCAAAAAACGUAAUGAUGAGACCUAUAAGGAAAAUGACGGAAGAUGA